ACAACACUCAAUGUUACCUGAACACCAAAAAACCAAACAUCUCAUGUGGGACCACACAUCGAUUGAGGAAAUUAAAAAGAUUUUGCAUGCCAUUGUCUUUCAUUUCUUUUUUAUUCUUACAGCAAUAUCAAAAUAUUAAACUAUCUGAUCCAGCUGAACCAAAUUUGUUUAUUGUACAAAAUAUUUCCAAUUCGGAUAGAAUCCUUUAUUCCUUGUCCAUAAUGUUCAGUCCACAGUUUUGAGCUCACCCCCAACAAACAUAUGGACCUUUACUAAGGUGUUUACCGCCCAAAUCAAUGUCUUUUUCUCAGUAAACAAACAAAGAGACGGAAACAAUCCCCUUGAAAACGAAUAGGCGUCUUUGUUUUAGAAUAACGCCCCCACUUCCCUUCCGCCACCUCUCAGUAUAUUCUGCCUUACACAACUUCCCAACUUCUCUGCUCAUGUUAUUUCCUUGUUCUAUUGAUGGGUGCUAGUUUCUCUGCUUUGUUCAUCGACCAAGAUGGCGUAUCAUCAUCUUCACCCUAUUUGGGCGACUUACCAGAGAGUUGUGUGGCAUCAAUUAUUCAGCAUUUGGAUCCUCCGGAGAUAUGUAAACUUGCAAAGUUGAACCGAGCAUUUAGUGCUGCUUCUUGGGCUGAUUUUGUUUGGGAAUCCAAAUUGCCACCUAAUUAUCAUAUUCUUGUUCAUAAAAUUCUGGGUUUUAUGCCUCAAAACUUGGGUAAACGAGACAUUUAUACAAGGCUAUGUCGACCUAAUACUUUUGAUGGUGGCACCAAGAAAGUAUGGCUGCAUAAGAGCACAGGUGGUGUUUGUAUGUCAAUUUCUUCAAAGGGAUUACAAAUAACGGGGAUUGAUGAUCGAAGAUACUGGAAUCAUAUUCCUACUAAUGAAUCCAGGUUCCACUCAAUUGCGUAUCUUCGGCAAAUCUGGUGGUUCGAAGUCAACGGGGAGGUAGAAUUCCCGUUUCCGGUGGGAACUUAUAGUGUUUUCUUCCGACUACAGCUCGGCCGUGCAUGGGGUUUCGGUCGAGGAAUUUGCGACCCCGAGCAGGUCCACGGUUGGGAUAUAAAACCCGUAAGGUUUCAGCUAUGGACAUCAGGUGAUAAGCAUAGCACAUGGGAGUGCAGUUUGAGUGAAGCAGGCAAAUGGUUUCACUACCAUGUGGGAGACUUCAACGUUGAGAACCCCAGUUCAUCAACAAAGAUAAAGUUAUCAAUGUCUCAAAUCGAUUGCACACAUACAAAAGGUGGUCUAUGCUUAGACUCAGUUGUCAUAUGUCCAAGUGCAUUUAGAGAAAGACUAGAACACAAAGGAUUUCUAAAGUGCACCCAACCCUGUUGUCAUAUGCUCCACUCUAUUUAAAAGUGUGGUUAAAAAGCACAAUUGGUGUCCCUGUGCACCAACCCCUAUAAUUAAAACUAUGGCAGUGUGUACGGAAUAUUCACCUUCUGGUUUGUUUCACUAAUUAAUAUUUGUGUUUUUUUUUUCUGAA